CACACUUUCAAUUCAAUUCUUGCGAUCAUCUCUGGAACGGCAUGAGGAAUACACUUACUGUGAAGAGGCCAUCGCCGACUACUGUGCUGUACAAGGUGUCGACGCGCUCAGCAAACAAUUCGGUCCCAGCACAAAUCCACCGCACCCUCAUUGGACUCGUCAGAAUACUACUAGGUCUAUCUCUUUCAUGCAUCUUGAUCGCAAAAGCCUAUACAUCAGCAACGCCACGUUGGAAGGGCCACUCAGAUUAUGCUUCUACCUUCUUACCUUCAAGAUUGAUUGAAAUAUCCAAUGCAUCUGCCUCUUGCAUAUCCUGGAUGUAUCUGGCUCCAAUCGCCUUGACAAUCUUCUCCUUGAUCUUCCGGAAAGGCUAUACUACUGAAUCUCUACUGGUGAUCCGCGGAAUGGGUGUACAGACCACGACGAGUAGUCCUACGUAUCUGAGUACUGCUACCACGAGAUUUAUCCCUACGAACAUGAUUCAGGAUAUCUUCAUUCACGAGGCUUUCAAAGGCUUUGAAGUGAGGUUCUAUCUUGCCAUCGUGGUUGAGGGUGAACAUGAUGUCGUGGUAGUCUUCCCAAGCAUCCUUCCUAGGAGAAAGAUUCUGGAAGAGGUUUGGAGGGGUGCAAGAUCAUGUCUGCAUGAGCCCAAAUCUUGAGUCAUGGCUUCUAUCUACUCAUCGCCAUCUUCCUUGCGCA